CCCCCCCCCAAAAAAAGUCUCUCCUCACCACCUCCAGCGAGCAGUUUCUGGGAGAUAACUCUGCAAACUGAAGGGACACUUUUUAUUUUAACUUGUGAAGAAAGUUCGACAAAAGUUUAGAGUUUCAGAGGGUGGAAGAGAGAGAGAGAAGCUGCAGGAAAGAUCGGCUCCAAGAGGCAAUACAAAAGGACGAAGACGCUGUUGUAAAAUUGAGGAGGGCUGUCCGAGGCACUCACCAUUGAGCCACUGCGUGUUAAAUGGUUGUGACCAUGGAUUGAUGGUCGUCUGGGAGCCAUGUUGUUCGAGGAAGGGGAGAUGAACAUUGGGGACUGGCUCUGCAUUAUCCACCUGGAGCAGUAUAUGGACAACUUCACAGAGAAUUGCUAUCUGUGGGUAUCUGAUUGCUGGAAUCUUUGCAAUGAUGAUCUCUCCCGAAUCGGAAUCUCCCUUCCUGGCCACCGCAAGAGGAUUCUAACGGCCCUGAACAAGGCUCGCCAGGGAACUCUGACCCCUGACCUCCAGGCCCAGGCAGCUCCAACCCCUGACCUCCAGGCUCAGGCAGCUCUGACCCCUGACCUCCCUGUGCCGCCACCGCAGAAGCCAAUUCCCAAGAAGAGAAACAUCUACCCCGGGAACAGUCGACCGAUCCCGGCCUCCCGUCCCCUGUUGGACAAGGCCCUGCCCCCCAUUCCUCCCAGACAGACUCCGGGCCGCCCCCCCGAGCGGGUGCUGCCCGUGCCCCGCCCCCGCAGCGUCCCCAGGCCCCCCCUGAAACCCCCCAGCUCGUCCCCGCCACCAGUUCCACUGAGUGAGACUCCUCGGCAGGACCUUCCUCUGCUACUGCCUCAACGUGAUGGGCCUGGGCCUGGGCCUCAACUAAACAACCGGCUCCAGCCAUCAGGUCCUGUGCAGCCCCCGCUCUGCAAUCUACCCCCCACCUUCAACUCCAGAGCCGUGCCCAGCUCGAACGUGAAUGAAUGCCAGACGGACACCUCGCCCCCUCCCGUUCCUGCAGGCCCGAGGCCUUGGCCAGCCGCACAGGGCCGUGUCGACUGCAGCCUGUCGCCGCUCCCUGCCCUCCCGGGCUUGACAGACUCUCUGCCUGUGGAACAUUCACAAUGUGAGUCAGCUCCCAGCAGCGACAUCUUUUUCCCAGUUGGAAUGGGUGACAAGGACGGCUCCUGCCGGACUGCCAGCUCGGAGAUGAAUGACGUUGAGAGAAGCAGUACCGGUGAAAGUCCAAGCAGUCUCUUCAGCGAUGACGACAACACAGAGGAUUAUGUGAUGAUGUUAAACAACCCUCCUGACCGAAGUUCGGACGAUCUGGGCAUGCCUGGUUUGAGAGUGGACAGCAGCAUGGCCUAUCAGGAGAAUGUGUACGAGGGACAGGAGCAGCACAGCCUCAAACCAGGGAUCAACACCAGCCAACUGUGCCCCCUGAUCAAAGCGGGCUGGUUAGACAAGAACCCCCCCCAGGGGCUGUUGGGUUUGAAUUAUUUCUCAACUGGGAGCAUUUUCAGUUCCUACAUAUACCAACGGCGCUUCGUCAGGCUGGAUCCAGACUAUUUGAGAUACUUCGAGAACGACAAGGAAGUUUACUCCAAGCGUGUCAUCUCCAUCAGAUCGAUCACCCGCGUUUCGUCCGUUGGGGACCAGAAGUUUGAGGUCAUUACUUCGAAUCGCACGUUUGUUUUCCGGGCGGAUAGUGACGGAGAAAGGAAUGACUGGGUUAGGGUGAUCCAGCAAACGGUGGAGGAGAAGAAGGAACAGAGGGAGCUACAGGACUCUCCCGUGUCCUCCGAUUGCUUUCUCCGGGAUAGUGUGUUCGACGUGGUGGAGAAGUCCGGCUACCUGGAGACUCGCGCAUGUCGGAAUAAAGUCUACGUGGCCGUCCGUGGGAACAGGGUCUGGCUGUACAAGAAUGAAGAGGAUUACCGCCUGGGGAUCGGUGUCACGUCGGUGGAGAUGAAUGUGGCGACGGUGAAGGAUGCGGACAGGCGGGGGUUUGACGUCACGACCCCGUACAAAACCUUCAGCUUUAUUGCGGAGACGGACUAUGAGAAGGAGGAAUGGGUGGAGGCGCUACGCGAAUCUAUAGCCGACGCUCUCUCGAACUACGAGGUGGCCGAGCAGAUCUGGGCGGUGGAAUCGAACAUGCUCUGUGCUGAUUGUGGAGCCCCCAAACCAGAGUGGGCCUCCAUCAACCUCUGCCUGGUCGUCUGCAAGAGGUGUGCAGGGGAACAUCGUGCCCUGGGCCCAGGCAUUUCCAAAAUACGGAGCCUGAAGAUGGACAAGAAGGCUUGGACUGAACAGAUGAUUAAGAUGUUUCAAUACAUCAGUAAUCAGAAAGCCAAUCAGUUCUGGGCAGCAAAUAUUCCCCCCAGUGAGGCCAUCAAUGAGACGAGCAGCAGUAUGGAGCGGAGGCGAUUUGUCAGCGCAAAAUACAGGCAGGGCAAAUACCGUAAAUACCACCUCCUGUUCGGCAACCAGGAAGAACUCAACAAGGCUCUGUGUGCAGCGGUCGUUACCAGUGACCUGGAAGAGACCAUGUCUCUGGUUUUCUGUGGGGCUGAUGUGAGCUGUUUCUCUGGGGACCCGGAUCUCCCCUCUCCAGCCGACCUGGCCCAGCAGGCAGGCCAGACUCUCCAGGUGGAAUUCCUGAACCAAAACAAGAACUCAGAGACCCCGCGUUUAGAGCUGGGAUAUUUCGACAGACAGUAUUACGUGGCCCCACCAUCCAUUACACACAACGGCUACCUGUACAAGACAGCAUCCAUGGGUAAACCAGUCACAGAGAGGAAGUCCAGAGAAGAGUUCAGCAGGCGAUGGUGUGUUCUGGAUAAUGGGUUGCUGAGUUACUAUGAGAGUGACCGAAACUCCACGCCUAAUGGGACCAUUGAGAUGCGUGAGGUUGUGUGCCUCAGCAUCAACAGCCCAGCAGCACACGGGUUUGAGCACACAUUUGAGGUAUUCACAGAUUCCGAGCGCCUGUUCAUGUUCGGGACUGACAGCGCACAGUCUAACAAAGACUGGGUCAAAUCCAUUGCCAAGUCCUUCCUGCCGGCUGCGAUUGACCUCACGAACCAUGACUUUGAGCGAAUUGGGCGCCUGCAGUACAAGGAUGGGCUGAACCUGGAGCAGGCCAAGGUGGGCUGGUUUGCGCUGGUCAGCUCCACGCUGUUUGCCUGGUUCCAGGACUCGGACAAGGAGGAAGCCAUUAACCUACAGAAGCUGCAGGAGUUGUCAGAGCAGCCUGACCACGAUGUCCUUGUACUGGUGGAGAAGAGAAGGACUCUCUACAUCCAGGCCGUGAGGAAGCUGGACUUUAUUGGUUGGAAUAGUUCAAUCCAGCGUGCUGCAGCCAGUGCAGGUAACACAUUGUCUGAGCAGCAGCUGACGGACGAAGACAUCCCCGUCAUUGUGGAUCGAUGUAUUGCCUACGUUACACAGUAUGGUUUGACCUCGGAAGGGAUUUACAGGAAGAGUGGGCAGAAGUCGAAGACCACCAACCUGUUGGAGAUGUUUGUGAAGGAUGCCCGCAGCGUGCGGCUGAGGGAAGGGGACCAUCAGGUUGAUGAUGUCUCCAACACCUUGAAGCGGUUCUUCAGGGAGAGUAUUGGAGAAAGUGUCUUCACCGACCAGGUCUACCAGGAUUGGCUGCACACCUCAAUGAUCCCUGACGAGAGGCAGAAGAUCCUGCAAUACCAGAAGCUGUUUGCGUGCUUGCCGAAAGUCAACCGGGCAACACUCAAAGCCUUGAUCAACCACCUCUACUGUGUCCAGAGACUAUCAGAUAAGAAUCAGAUGACGGUGCACAACCUGGCCAUUGUGUUUGGGCCCACGCUGUUCCAGAUGGACGGACAGGACAAUAAGGCUGGCCGUGUGGUGGAGGAUCUCGUCAAUCACUUCAUCGACCUCUUCAACGUGGAUGAACUGCAGCUUAAGAAGCAACUUGACGAAAUUGUCAGCAUCAUUAAACUGCGGGAUGCAUGCUUGGUGCAACCCAGCCAGAAUGCCGGGGACUUUAUCUGCACGGUGUACUUGGAGGAGAAGAAAUCAGACUGUGAGCUUAGCUUGAAGGUUCCUGCGACGAUGACAGCCCAGGAGCUGACUGAUGAGAUUUUGUACCUGCGGAAACUCGUCACCAAGGAGAAAGACAACUGGUGCUGCUUUGAGGUGAUCGAAAGGGAGGAGAUGGAACGACCACUACAUUACACUGAGAAGGUUUUACCCAUCCUGCACUCGCUGGGUGCUGACAGCUAUCUGGUGGUGAAGAAGAACAUGGCCAUUGACACCAUGUUGUUGUAUUUGGCCAGUAAAGUAGCCGAUCAGAAACACGGCAUGGUGAAGUUCCGGGAGGAAAGGAAACUGGGAUUGGGAGUGGGCAGUUUCAGUGACCGUUACUUCAUGCUGACCGGCUUCACCCUGCGACUCUACAAGGAAGUACGGAGCAAUAAACCUGAGAAGGAAUGGCCAGUGAAGAGUUUGAAGGUCUAUCUUGGAGUGAAGAAGAAAUUUAAACCCCCGACAUGUUGGGGAUUCACCAUUGUUUACGAAAACAAGGAAAGGCAUGAGAAGCAACAGUGGUAUGUGUGCUGUGACACUCAGAUGGAGCAGCGAGAGUGGCUAGCGACCUUCCUGUAUAUCCAGCAUGAUGGGAACGUGUGGCCGAUGAACUCCUCCAGCUCACGGACUUCGCGAUCGCCUCCAGAUGCCAGGUUUAAUAAUGUCUCCCUGAUCCCUCUGCGAGGGAACGCCAGUGAAAUGAGGAAUAGCGUGGCAGCUUUUGCUACUGACCCUCUCUCUAUCUUUAAGAAGCAGUGAAAGCCUGGCCUACAGUCAAGGAGGCUCGGGAACCAGAAACUACAGACAGGAGAAACAGGAAGGAGGGUGUGUUUAGCCGAAGAAGGAGGGAGCGAGACGGAGGCGAAGGUGCGGGAACAGCUACUUCCACUGAGCAUUGCUGUUUGUCGUUCUAGUACAGGUGAAGGACUGGCUUUAUCGAUCCACCUGAGCUAAUCGUUGGUGUGCGAAUGAAGGACCAAUGUCAAAAUCACCUGCUAUUUAAAAGAUACUCAAUACGUCAAUAUAAAAACUAUUGUAGCAUAGAGGACGUCCAAUGAAAGCUUGUACAUAUUUUACAACUUGUAGCCCCUUUUUCCCGAACCCCUGCGCCAGCUGCAAAGAUGUUUAUUUAAUUUAACCCUGAUUUCCUCACCUUACAACCUGGUCCUGUUGUCAGGUCUGUGCAAUGCUUGGUCAAAAUGUGAAUAGAUGUUGUGGGGGCAGCAGAUGGGAGAUAAAAAUGAUCAAAUCUU